AUGGAGGCGACAGUGGAAACUUUGAACAUCAAAGUUAUGCAACUCAACAUGACAGUGGCAGAGACGAACGCCGUUUUAGAGGCAGGGAAACCCGAACCAAUUGAGAGGCAGCUUGCGACUCUUAAGGCCAUCACAGCAGAAAUUGAUCGGAUGCGACUCCACGUAGAAGCCAAAAAAUUAGCGGCCGAAGAAGAGAUCGCCGAUAUUCAAACGUGGAACGCCCACCUGGACGCGAAGGUUGAAGAAGCAGACAACGAAGUUGUGAAGUACCUGGAAUUGCAAAUGGAGCUCCAAGCUACGCAGACUAGCCAACACCCGCUUCACACUAACACGUCAAGCGACAUCCAAGCCAAGUUUGACGGCACCUUCAUGGACUGGCCACGAUUUUGGGGAAAGUUUAGCGAGACCAUCGACAAAACAAGCGUCGCGCCGAUAACGAAAUUCUCAUACCUACGAGAACUGCUCGACUUCAAAGUAAAACGAACAAUAGAGGCGUUACCCUUCACGUCAGAGGGAUACAAUCGCGCAAAGAGCAUAUUAGUAGAAAAGUACGGUAAAGAGUCUGAGAUCGUGAAGGCAUACACUAGAGAAAUUUUGGACAUUCCUUCAGUACCAAACGCGAAUCCAAAGAAAAUCAGCGAAUUCAGCGAGAAAUUAACAUAUUACGUGCAGGCCUUGCAGACGCUUAAGAAACUCGAGCAAGUCAAUGGGGCGGUGUCCAUGACGCUAGACAAAUUGCCAGCCAUCCGCGGAGACCUCGUUCGAACAGAUCCAGAUUGGGAGAGCUGGGAUUUGGCUGGUCUUUCCGAAGCAAUUCGACUGUGGGUGAGACGGAACCCGGCGGAAACAACACGAACUGAGCGCGAACAAGAGCAAUCAGCCAAAAGAUUUACACGCCCAACCAAAAUUUAUCAUGCGCGUCGAGAACUCCCUGGACCUCGUGGUUGUGUAUACUGCGGCGAAGAUCACAGACCUGUGGAAUGCACAAAGAUUAAGGGCCUGUCAGAUCGCAGACAAAUUUUACUAAAUAAGCGUUUAUGUUUCAAUUGUGUGUCUGGGAACCACCGCGCGUUCUAUUGUCCGAGCAAAUCAGCCUGUCAACGCUGCCAUAAGCGUCACCACACGUCGAUUUGUGACACACCAAACCCGACAAGCCAAGUUAACCAGCCACCAGCACAUGGGGUCGCUUUGACAACAAACCAAACUGGAGAGGGUCUGUUCCCAGUAGUCAUCAUAGAGGUCAACGGAAUUAAAUGCAGAGCGCGUAUCGAUUCUGGAGCUGGCAGUUCGUACGUGUCGGCAAAGCUGAUCGAACUACUUCGCUUAAAGCCAACCGAUGUCCAGACAAAACGAUCGAUAUGCUGA